UUACGUUCGUGCUUAUGUCAUGUGCCUUAUUUAGCGGGAGCAAGCGACAUGUCUGCUAUUACUAUAGCCAUGACGUGGCGAACUUUCACUAUGGGCCUAAUCAUCCCAUGAAGCCCCAUCGCCUUGCGUUGACGCAUUCUCUGAUUCUCAAUUAUGGGCUUCUUCCCAAGAUGGAUGUUUACAAGCCGCGCAUGGCGACGGACGAGGAUUUCUUACAGUUUCACACCAAGGAUUACCUGGACUAUUUGAAAAAGGUGACGCCGGAGGUGAACAGCGAUCAGUUUGCGGAGUUUUCGAUCCAUGGCGACUGUCCGCCAUUCAAGUCGGUGUAUGAGUUUUGUCAGCUGUAUACGGGAGGUUCUAUCGAGGGCGCGUGGCGUUUGAAUCAGAGACAGAACGACGUGUCCAUUAAUUGGUCUGGUGGUCUGCAUCACGCUCGGAAGUCUGAGGGGUCUGGGUUUUGUUAUGUAAAUGAUAUUGUUUUAGGAAUUAUCGAGCUGCUGAGGUAUCAUCCUAGAGUGCUUUACGUGGACAUUGACAUUCACCAUGGCGAUGGAGUGCAGGACGCGUUUUAUCACACGGAUCGAGUCAUGACCGUUUCGUUUCACAAGUACGCCCAGGGAUUUUUUCCCGGGACUGGCAGUCUUCAGGAGGUUGGACAUAAAAGUGGGAAGUAUUAUUCCGUGAACGUGCCGCUUCGAGACGGAAUUGAUGAUAAGAGUUAUUUGGGCAUUUUCAAGCCCGUGAUUAGCGACGUGAUGGAGAUUUACGCGCCUUCUGCGGUCGUUAUUCAAUGUGGGGCCGAUUCGCUUCGUGGUGACCGAAUUGGAAAUUUUAACUUGAGUUUGGCGGGACAUGCGGAGUGUUUGCGAUAUGUGGCGAGUUACAACUUGCCUAUGCUUGUUGUGGGUGGAGGAGGUUACACAAUUCGGAAUGUGGCUCGCUGUUGGGCGAAUGAGACGGGUGUGUUACUGGACGUCGAGCUGCCGUUUGAGCUGCCGGAGAAUGACUAUUACGCUCAUUACGCACCAGAUUACAAGUUGCAGACGACUGGAAUCGAGAGCGAGAAUUUGAAUACGCGGAAUUAUUUAGACAACGUGUUGACUUCGGUGCGGAAAAACCUACGAAUGAUUCAGUGCGCGCCCAGCGUUCAGAUGCAGGUGAUUCCUCCUUCCAUUUAUGAUUUUAUGUCUGAAGGUGAUGAAGAGCAAGAGAGCGAGAUGGGUAGCAGGUGA